AUGACUUUCCUGGAUUAUAUUUCAGAAGCUAUUCAACACCCAAACUUUCCAUGGAAAAAAAUUGUAAUUGGAAUUUCAAUUGGUCAGUUUGUAUUUGAAACCUAUUUAUCCUAUCGUCAGUAUAGAGUUUUAUCUAAAAAACAGUUACCUUCUGUUUUAGAAGGCGAGAUUGACAAAGAGACAUUUGAAAAAUCAGAAGAAUAUUCAAGGACUAAAAUUAAGUUCUCUGUCGUCUCUGAUUUAAUUUCCCUUAUUCAGAAUUUGAUCUUUGUUAAAUAUGAUGUGUUACCUAAAUUAUGGAACAUUGGUAAAUUUCUUUCAAAAAAUAUUUUCCCUGCCAAAUAUCAAGCUGUAUCUGUUGUGGCUCAAAGUUUAAUGUUUUUAUUCACUCUAUCUAAUCUAUCAACUGUAUUAAGUCUUCCAGUCUCAUAUUACAGUCAUUUUGUCUUAGAAGAAAAAUUUGGUUUCAAUAAAUUGACCAUUAAAUUAUGGAUCAUCGAUAUGAUUAAAGGUACUUUGUUAGGCUACAUUAUUGGAGGUCCAAUCCUUUAUUUCUUUCUCAAAAUUUUCGACUAUUUUGAGACUAAUUUCCUUUGGUACAUAUGUUUAUUUGUUCUCGUAGUCCAAAUUUUGGCAAUGGUCUUUAUUCCAGUGUUUAUUAUGCCUUUAUUCAACAAGUUCACUCCAUUGGAGGAUGGUGAUUUGAAAGUUUCUAUUGAAAAUCUAGCUAAGGAUUGUGGAUUCCCUCUAGAUAAGAUUUUUGUGAUUGAUGGAUCUAAGAGAUCUUCUCAUUCUAAUGCUUAUUUCACUGGGUUACCAUUCACUUCCAAGAGAAUUGUUUUAUUUGAUACAUUAGUUAACCAAAGUUCAAUUAAAGAAAUUACUGCAGUUUUAGCUCAUGAAAUUGGUCAUUGGCAAAUGAACCACAUCUUAAAUAUGUUGGUCAUUUCACAAAUUCAUAUGAUAGCAAUUUUUAAAUUGUUUACCAGUGUUUACCGUAACGAGUCACUAUAUAAUGCAUUUGGUUUCUUUGUAAAGAAUAGUGAUACUGCUUCUACUGCAUUAUCAAAUAGUAACUUUGUGGUAUUCACCCAAGGUUUCCCUAUUUUAAUUGGUUUUAUCUUAUUCAAUGAUUUGUUGACUCCAUUAGAAUGCAUUCUUCAAUUUGGUAUGUCUUUAUUACAAAGAAAACAGGAAUAUCAAGCUGAUGGAUAUGCUAAGAAACUUGGAUUCAGCAAAGAUCUAUCUCGCGCUUUGAUUACUUUACAAAUCAAAAAUCUAUCUACAAUGAGUGUUGAUAAAUUAUAUUCCGCAUAUCAUUAUAGUCACCCAACUUUAGCAGAAAGAUUAACAGCCUUAGAGUAUGUUAGUGAGAAGAAGAAGGAAUGA